GGGGUAAGAGUACAUUUCAAGAGGAGUAUCAGAUCGGGCGAAUGCCAAUUACAACGAUGGCAUUCAGCAGGAGUGCCAGUGUGCUGCGAGUGGAUUUUAGAGCAUGUUGGCACAUAGCGGUAUUCGUGUUCUUGCAGGUCCAUGUAGGAACAGGUCAAUAUCCCGUUCUCGUUGCUGCUGGUACAGGACAAGGAACGCCAUUCAUAAUGACAUUUGGCGAUGGGCAGUCUACCGCUGACGUUCUCAGCUACAUGCCGGUGUGUAUUGUGACCAGUGGAUCAGCACCGUUCAUUCGACUAGAGAAGACUGAUGGUAGCCUGGUGCUGGGUGUGACCGGUUCGUUCACUGGUUUUGGCAGGGCCCCUUUGAACACCACAGCACACCCUUCACUCAACGCAUCAUACACUGGAGUGUACCAUUGCCGAACCGACGCCCGCUACUCACCACAGUUGUACCAGCUCAAUGUUGUGGCUCGACAGAUUCGGUCUUCAUUCCCUACGUCACUGCCACUAGUUUACAUGGAUGGCAAUCACACCAUAUCAUGCAUGUCAAGUGGCAAUUUCCCUUUCAAAUUAUCUUGGAACACAACACUAUCUCCGGAUUCUGAGCUGAUUUGGACAAUGACAUCGGCGAAUAUCGUACAUUCGACAUUCAGCUUCAAGCUGAACGACCCACAGUUCGUAAUAACAGAGCGUGAUACGUCCGGUGUUGCCUUCAACGUAACCUGUAAGACCUGGUAUACUACACACUUCGACUGCGUUGCAGCGGGCUCAAUUCCUGCACGACCUCACGAUGUGAUUCAAAGGUGCUUAAAUUCCUCCCAGCCAGUAUCUACGAUUGUUUCUGUCACUAUUCAAGCACCACGCUGUAGCGCACUACACACUCUCAACCUGAAUGUGAAUGUGACGUCAUCAACACCUAGCAAGAGAGGUAGCAUUGUGAAUGUGCAGUGCAUUCCUCCAUACAAUCUAACCAAUGGAGUGCAGCAGGUCACGUGUUUGGCAAACGGAUUUUGGACAGUUCUCCCGACGUGUGUUGUGACGCACUGCGCCUCUGUGAACCACUCCACGAUCACCUACCUGCCUAGAACACCAAUUGGAGCCUCUGCUGUUACAAAAUGUCGUGAGCCCUACAGCGGUAUAACUGGCCCAAACAACGUGCAGUGUAUGGCUGCAGGUAUCUGGAGUACGCUCCCCGCUUGCCCUGACAUUGAUGAAUGCAUAACUGGAGAUCAUAACUGCUCUGAGAAAUGUACUAACGCUCAACCUGGAUAUGUAUGCAAUUGCUUCAAUGGAACGGCGGGAUGCUUUGUGACACAUUGUGCAGCUGUGAACCAGUCAACAGUGGGCUAUAUAGAGAGGCGUGCCAUUGGUCAAACUGCCACUGUGGAGUGUCGCCGUGGAUACGACAGCUUACUGGGGCCAACAGCAGUUACAUGCAUGGCCAGUGGAAAGUGGACUGAGCUGCCUACAUGCCACGAUAUUGAUGAAUGCUCCAUGGAAGAGAAGCCGUGUGCCCUUUAUUGCACAAACCUCACACCCGGCUUUAUGUGCACGUGUGUAAACGGGACUGUCGGGUGCUUCGCCCAACAGCAUGAUAAGAUGUGCAACACGGAACAACCGAUCACCAUUGAGAUUUUCGUCGGAGCGUUGGCUGCAAGCCUGUUAUUUGGUUCCCUCAUUACAUUUCUGCUAACACGACGCGUGUGUGGCGCAUCCCAUCUGGACACCAAAGGAUCGGAGAUACCGCCAGAGAGUACACGCCAUGACACGCCAAACAUUGCCUACGAAAAUGCGGAGAUAGGGGAGACUGUAAUGACGAGCAGCGAGGCAUACGUAGCCGUUGGGGCGGGAGAUACGGCUACCUACCUGGCUGUUCUGCCAUAAAAUUUAGACAGCAGAGUGUUGUUUUCUCAUGGGAAAAUUCAUCAUUGAUAUGUGCAUGCUAGAGAUUGAAACGUGAGAUUCACUGCUAAACAGUGUAGAAGUAAUUUCCGUGAAACUCAUCUGCAGUUAUUUCCUAGAAAAUAUAACUUCAUGCUGGAGCUUGUACUAAAUAUUUGUUACUUUGAGGCGUCCAUACGAAUCUGAUUGCGCGUCUCGCACUGUGUAUCUGUCUGCAAUAACAUUAUUCGCUGUGAUUUCUUACUUCUAUAGUCUAAAAUUUAAAACUGUUCAACGCCUUUGUGAAUAAGGAUAAUUAUGGAUUAGCAGUACUAACGUUAGUACUAGUAGU